AUGGCGGCGGGCGAAGGCAUAGAAACGACAGACCGUUGUUCUUCAUGUACAGGAGCACAGGCGAUCUGCGAGUUUCCCGGUGCAUCUCACUCCCGUUCGUCUGAUCUCGAGUCCGAGGCACUGGAUGCUCUCGACAGCAACGAGCAUACUGAAGCGACGGGCGUCACCGGCUUUUCACCAUUUGACCCGUCUUUCGAGUCCACCGAUAUCCCACAAACACCACAGAUCCUCCAAACUCCUGACUCAACUUUGGGCAAUAGUCUCUUCCCCGCGACCUACCUUGGUACCCAGCGCCAUGCUGAUGACCUCGAUAAUGACCCAGCCGUCAGCUCGGUGGAAGGAUUCGGAGAGGCAGACGAUGCGAUCUUCGGCGUCAACGCCCUGGAACCUGGUGGCGCUGGCAUCUCGCCUUCCCAUCUUGCGUUGAUGCAGCCUGAUUUUCGCAUGAUCGGAUUCGACUGGCUGGACUUUGACAUGCCAGAGUCAAACCCAGCUUUGCAGGAAAUUCCGAUUAUCGACUCUAGUGCCGUCGAACGCUGGUCUGAUCGCCAGACAUACACCCCCCAGCCUCUCCCGCCACCAGGGAGGAUGUCGUCGCAACAUCCGGACAGGCCUCCGACAGUAAGACAAGGACAAACGAGGACAGCACAGCCAAGCCCGACACUACGGCCCUUGGAGCCACAGCAGGCACUUCAGCCAUGGCCCUUCGACCAAGCCCAAGAUUCCGCACCACACAGAUAUAUGCUACCCCCCUUGAGAGAUGUGCUACAAAGCAGUUUCCGGGGCGGAUCUUCCGACAGAACCAACGCACUUGAUAGCCUCGUUCAAAUCCUAUCCGACAGCAAAUUGCCCGCCUCGACACAUGUUCAAGACGCCAAUACAGCCCAAGCCCUCAGUGACUUGCAAAGAUUGCUUGAUCUUUAUUUUGCCCGAUUCCACGAUAUUCAGCCAAUACUUCACCGGCCUACCUGGAACAUGGCAGAGUGUCCAACCGUGCUACUGACCGCGAUGGCAUGUGUUGGAGCUUUGUUAUCCGACGAAGAGCGGGACACAGAGUUGUCCUGGUCACUCAGUGACAUUUGCCUGCCGAUGAUUACUUGGCUGGGCGCUUCUGACGGGACCUACUAUCGCAACAUCUCGUACCUCAAUGCACUCUGUCUGCAUCAAAUUUAUUCCCUCGGUUCUGGGAACCGGCAACUGUAUCAAAAUGCUGAUCGCUCUCGAGGGAUACUCAUUGGAAGCCUGAGAGGGAUGGGACUUCUUAGCAGUCGAUGGAGUGUUGGCGAAGAUGUCGGUCACGAAGCCUCUCUGGCGACCGACCCCAAGCAUGCCGACCAAGAGUGGUCCAUCUGGGUAAGCCGGGAGAAGGAACGAAGGUCAGCAUGGGCCUCUUUCGAGUAUGACUGCAGUCUUUGCACGCUCACAAGCCGCCGGGGUGCCGUAGACCUAAGUGAACUACCCAGGAUGCUCCCUUGUACUGAGUCUCUGUGGAACGCACCUUCAGCCCAAGCUUGGGUUGCCUUACGGUCCCGUCUUGGACCUGGGAGCUUGAGCCCUACUUUGUCCACGAUACUCAAAGCUGCCUUAGCUGGUCAUGCCUUUCCCAGCCACCUCGGCACCUGGGCCAAGAGACUCUGCGGCCAGGUCAUUGGACGUCUGCUUUGGGACUUGAAGCAACUCGAAAUUGUGGCAAUGCCCGAGCAUUUUGGACUGACAUCCUUGCUGAGUGCACACCAACAGUCAAAACAAUCGCUUCUUGGUGCACUACGGAAGUUAUUGAAGUCGAUGGACACCGUCUCAACGACCUCGGAACUCAUUAGCUACAAUCUUAUAUCCCAGCGUGCCAAGCAUCACAAAGGCAUCGAGGUUGCGCGGAAGCGACUGAGAUCCUCGUUUGCUCAAGACAGAAGAUCGAGUCGAAGGCUUGUUCACCAUGCUGCGCAAAUCAUAGCAAUUGCCAACGAGUAUCUCGUAUCGGCGCCGUGCGAGAUCAUGCGCACUUUCAUGGGCUAUGUUUUCAUCCUCGCCUAUUCAUCCUAUGGACCCCGUGCCGAGCUGAUGUCUGGAGACAAAGCACCAAUGCGCCUUGAUGCGCCGCUUCACCAGCCAGCCCAGCAACAAAUCACGCUACAGUGGAUUGAUGAUGGCGGCCCAGCCGGCCUGGGUUCAGUCGUCAACAUCCUGGCCGAUGACUGUGUGCCAGCCAUCAGUCGGGACGCGCAGAUGAUGAUGCAGAGGCUCAAGUGCUGGGGAUUAGCAGAUAAGUUCACCAAGAUUUUGCACAUUUUCGAGGUAAAUGGCUUUUGA